AUGAUGGUAAGAGCCAAUCAAAUAGGUGCAUUUGAUUGAAAGUCUGUCUACCGUAGAACUAUGUCAUUCUGGAAAGAACUUGAUCUGAGAAUUGAAUUUAACUGUUAACCGUAGCGUUUAAAGACUGGUUUGUUUUUGUUUACAAAUCUACUUCACGGAUUUUGUGUGGGAUUACUAUUUUCUUCUUGUAAAAAAGUCCAAAAUUUUAGAGAAAUGUUUGCAAUUUUAUAGGCGAUCUAUUUCAUAUCUCUAAUAUUUAGUUGAACAAAUAGGAUAUAGAACUUCAUAUUAUAUCUAAUUUAUUCUGAAUGCGAUAAAAGUUGCCUGUAUACAAAUACUUCAUUGCAAGAAAACAUCCAUGAUGCUUUGUUGAAUGAGAUAACACUUGUUUGAAUAAAAAAAAAUUAGUUUUUCGUUUUCCAACUUAGCGAAUCAUCUAUUGUGCUCAACAAUCAAUCUAUUGGAAGUUACAAUAACAGACAUAGAUUCAAUUCAUCAUACACAGCAACACAACAUGCUUAUUUUUCAAGCAGUUUUAGCUUUAUAUUAAGAGGCGCUGCUGUUCAAUCGAAUGACUUUGAUAGCCUUAAUUCAGAUUUUUUAAAAAUGCUCUAAGUGCCUGAUCAAUUGCAUUACUUGUGUAUCCUGUUACUUGUAAGAAAUAGUUAACAAUUGUUUGAUAUUGAUAGUAAAUUGUUUGUAGAAAAAAAAUUGAGACACAUAAAUGUGAAAACGGGUAGUAUGCCAUGAGGUCAAUUUUAAAAAUAAUUUAAUGAAUUAGUUAUCUCUGUAAAAUUUAUUGGUCUGCUUUAUACAAAUCAAAAAAAAAAAAUUUUUUUUUGUGAACUUAUUUCCAUUAUUUUGUGAAAGAGUAACUGUGUAUAAUUUAUUUUACAUGCAUUCAUACAUACAAAGGAGAAAGUGUUGAAAGAGCUAUAUUCAAUUGUUAUGAUUUUAUCUUUUUAUUUCUUCAAAAAGGUCUCUGUUACUGCUUGAAUGUAUUAAAAGUUAUUGGAAAUUUUUGUUAAAUUUUAUUUGCGAUAAUAUGUCGAAUAAAACUUAUGUAGAUGUGCUUCCAACAGCCAGCAACAGUUCUACUGAUAUUGAUAAAAAAACUUAUUUUUGUAACAUAUGCCAUAAAAGUUUUUCAAGGAAUAGUUACUUAAAUCAACACAAGUUAAUCCAUUCAUGUGAUACACUUUAUUCUUGUGUUGUAUGUAAUAAGAGUUUUUCUACAAACGGUGCAUUAGUUAAACACAGCCCUGUUCAUACAGGCGAAAAACCUUAUUCUUGUAAUAUAUGCAAUAAAAGAUUUACUCAAAAAGUUCAUUUAACUGAUCACUAUUUUGUUCAUUCUGGCGAGAAACCUUAUUCUUGUACAAUCUGUAAUAAGACUUUUAUUCGAAAACAUCUUUUAACAAGACACAGUUUUGUCCAUACUUCCGAAAAGCCUUAUUCUUGUAGUUUAUGUAAUAAGAGUUUUUCAUCAAGCACCUAUCUAGCGAGUCACCACCGUGUUCAUACCGAUGAAAAACCUUAUGUUUGUAGUGUAUGCAGUAUGACUUUUGCGAGGAAAGACUAUUUAAGUAGACACAAUAUUAUUCAUAAGGAGGAAAAACCAUAUUCUUGUAGUGUAUGUCAUAAAAGUUUCAAAACAAGAUAUGGUUUGAAGAGCCACAAAAUUGUUCAUCUUAAUUCUGAUGAAAAACCUUAUGCUUGUAAUCUAUGUAAUAUGUCUUUUUCAAGAAAAGCUUAUUUAAUUGCUCACAACUUGACUCAUACUGGUGAAAAAUCAUACUCUUGUGAUGUAUGUAGUAAGAGUUUUUUUAACAAAGGUACUUUAAAAAAACACAGCAUCGUUCAUUCUGGUGAAAAACCUCAUUCUUGUAGUAUAUGCAAUAAGAGUUUUUCACUAAAGAUUUGUUUAAUUAGACACAGAUUUGUCCAUACUGGAGAAAAACCAUAUUCCUGCGAUGUAUGUAGUAAGAGUUUUUCUACAACUUAUAAUUUAAGUAGACACCAGCGGGUUCAUACCGGGGAAAAACCUUUCUAGAUUUGUGUAUGUAUUAUGAAUUUUAAAAAGCAAGUUCAGUACCUAAUAUUAAGUAAUGGAGGAAAGACGCCCUAGCAGCAAAAUAACUUGGACCCUCAUUGGACUUAUAUUCAUGAAUCUUUGCUCAAUAAGGAUUCACAGGGCCGAUAUUAGUCCGAUAUAGAAUUGCCCAAUUCUCCCGAUAUUUUACAGCCACUUUACAACAUACAACUAAUAUCAGCCCUAUUUUUGUUAUUUUAUUUUAUAACAGUCAUUGAACAGCCGACCCAAUCUUGGGUUUACCGCUACUAAUGUUCAACUCCGUAGCCUAGUAAUUUUGAACCCGAUCCAGAAGACGAAAACUCCUGGAUCAGUACCCCCAGAGGUUUGAUUUGUUAUGGGAACAUGGAGGACUUUAUGAUCCGAAAGAUUUAACGUGCAUCAGUCACCAUUUAACUACACGGAGAGUCUUUGGGGGUCGAACCCACGACCUCUUGGAUAUGGGCCCAAUGCCCUACCAGACAGGCUAUUCCUGCCCCAAAUAUCGGCCCUAUAUAGAAUUGUCAGAUUCAUCUGAUAUUUUAUAUUCAUUAUUCAGACAAUAUACAGGGUGGCUACCCACCUGGAAAACCUGGAAUUAUCAGGAAAUUUUUUUUAUACUGGAAAAAACCUGGAAAAAUCAGGGAAAUUAGGAUUUUAAAGAAAAGCUGGAAAUUUUUUCUUUGAUAAUUUUUUUAAUUUCACUAAUUUAAAUUAUUUACUAAUUUUCUUAAUUUAAAUUAUUUAAUCCAUUAUACCCACUUUUUUUAGACGAAAAUGUAUCUCCAAACAGUUGAAAUAUCAUCAACUUAGCGAUACUUUGCUUGCAUCAAAAUUUGCUCCUUUACAACUCUGUUAAACUAGAAUGCCACAUAAAAUUCUUCCACGGUUUCUGAACUAAUGUAGAAAUCUUUGACUACUAUGGGACUGUGCAAUUUAGGAAAGAUUGUGGUAGAGGUGGAAGAAGGGAUUAGGAUAUUAGCUUCUGUUUUUAAAUUCUGUCUUUAGGCUGAAUCCAUUUAUGGCUCAAGUUUGUUGAAUGCUUUCGUGGUAAUUUUUUUCCAUGUUGACAAAAUGUUUUUGUAUUUUCAACUUAAUAAAAAUCUCCAAAAAUUA